AUGAUAUCGCGAUACGCGCGGAAACCGGUGCAGCCACGAGGACUCCCCAAACAUGCCCUGAGGCAUCACCCACCGCCAGAGCCACGGGCUCAGGUGUGCUCAGCCACACCCACGGCUGAAAACCGAGCCCAGAGCUCCAGGGAGUCAGUGAUCCGGAAGGGAUCGGAUGAUCAUGGGGAUGCAUGGACUGCGAGUCAGGGUUGUGCUGACACCUCCACAGAAGACAGCUCGGUCUUCUCUUGGGGCUAUGAUGAAUUUGACAAAGCUGCCACACAACAAGUUCAGCAGAUGUUCAGACAAAUUGAUGAGCUUCUGUAUGAGCAGAAAGAGACCAUUCAUGUUGAGGGACUGAGGGAAGAAUGCCACCAGUGGUCCUCCAGCUUUCCUCAUCUCAGGGUGGUGGGGAAGCAGGUGGUGGCCCCCACAGAUGAAGGGUAUGGAUGGUACUCCAGCUCCCCCUCAGGCAGUUUGGCUCCCUCCAAUGUAAGUUCACCACAGGAAAAGGAUUCUGAUGAAUUGAGUGUUUUGGGCAAGAAGGUGCCUCUUUUUGUUGCUCCUGCUCACAAAAAGGCCAACCCUUCCAAGCCUCCCACCUUGUGUUCCUCAGAGAGAGGUGAAGGGGAAGAGGAAGUCAUUCUCUCUGAAGGCAUAGUGGAGGAAUACUUGGCAUUUGACCACAGAGAUGUGGAGGAGGAGUUGCACGAGAGGAAAAUGGGACUGUCCUCUGGCAGACGGAAAUUGGGGUUUCCUCCUGUCUCUCCCUAUUCCUGCAUGAAGGAUUCUGUGCUCACCUUUGUGUUUGAUGAUGUGUGGAGUGAAGUCCUGGUCUGCAUGGAAGAAUUGAUCUGCAGGCAUUGGGAAGGGUCAGCCUCUGAUGAUGAGAAAAAUAUCAUAGCAGUGGAAACGCUCCGAGCAGAUGCCAGAAGCCCUUUGCAGUUGGAUCCUCUGCCAGCACUGUUACCCCGGGUGCCACACACAAAGAUGCCCUCAGUGGCAUCAAACCUGUGCCCAAAACCCAGAGGUGGCCGCAAAAGCAAAAAGAGGAGAAAAACACCUCAAGUAAGUCUCUCUCAAGGGUCAAGUAGUAGUUCUCAGCGUAACCUGAAUGGCUUGAUGGUGAUCCAUGGGAUCCAGUUACACCAAAGGAACCUGCCUGUAGUGGAGAAAACACUGGAGCUGGAUGACAAACGGCCAGGUUCGAGCUCCCUCCUCUCUACCCGGGCGUGGCCAAACCGUCCCCUGGAGCUCAGCACCUCGUCCCUGUCCCGCUGCACCAGGAGGAGGAACCCUCCCCCACGGACCCUGCAUCCCAUCGGGACCCCGCGCUCCGGGGACGAUGUCUGCAGGCGCCUCCUGACUGCACAGGAGCAGCUGACCUCACCCUCCCCACUGCUGCUGAACAGAAAUCACCCCCUGCCACCCAUUGCCACCACCACGGUGGCAGAGCGUGGGAGCACCACAGGAUCUCACAGGCAAACGAAACCUCGAGGGAACUCGAGCCGUGCUCACAGUGUCACGACACAAGAAGACACUCCCCAGCAGCUCCAGGAGCAGCUGUUCUUACCUGAUCCCUUCUCCAGGCCCAGCACAACCAGCACAUCCUCGCCCCAUUCCCAGCGCCGCCGUUCUUGCACUGUUAUUGAUUACAGUAAUCAAUCCUGGACAAGGAAAGGAUCCACAAGUUCAGGUCUUCCAUCACGUGGCUCUGUGAAAGCCCACGGCCGAAGUGGAUCAGGCACAAAGAGCAAACAGAGGCACUGAUGUGCCAUGGAGGAGCAUCCACCCAUCCAUCCCUCUCCAGAGAGUCAUGAACCACCUCU